AUGGUUUAUAUUAUUUUUAUAUUCGGUAUUCUAGGAUUAUGGACACAAGCGGGCUCCGGAGAAAGUAAUAGAUAUGAUAAUUACACACUUUUCCGACUGUUUCCCACCGAAGAUUCACAAUUUGAAGCCAUAAAACUAUUCAAGGAUCCAAGCAACACCGUCGAGAUACUGAAAAAAAGUCGCGCCUACAACGAUAGCACCGACGUACUCGUUCCUCCAGACCGUUUGCUUUAUAUUGCACAGUUCGCGAAGGAAAACAACUUAAUUUACGACGUGAAAAAUAAUUAUGGCAGAAUAUUCGAGUCAGCCGAACGGGAACCAAGAAGAAGGGCCCUACGCGGCUUCAAUGUAUUCGAGUAUCAUUCAUACGCAUCUAUUCAAGAAUUUAUCGAAACGACGGCAAGUAGAAACCCGGAGUUGAUUAAGUUACAGAAUUUAGGUUUAAGUUAUCAAGGUAGAAAAAUGAAACUCGUCAAGAUAUCCCAGAAUCAUAAUGCCGGGAACCCAAUCAUAUUUAUAGACGCUGGUAUCCAUGCCCGCGAGUGGGUGGCACCUGCAAUGGCUCUAUACCUUAUCCAACGCCUGGUCAUGGACCCCGAGGCGAGAAAGAAUGACCUGCGCGGAGUGGACUGGUAUAUCCUACCGGUCGUCAACCCUGACGGAUAUGAGUACACUCGUGCCAGUAAAGCUAACCGUAUGUGGCGGAAAACGCGAUCUAAGAACGGGCCGGCCGAUUGUUACGGAGUAGACGGAAAUAGGAAUUAUGGGUAUUACUGGGCUGUAAGUGGAGUAUCCAAAAACCCUUGCGAUAUGGAAACAUACGCCGGCCACAAACCAUUCUCAGAGCCUGAGACGCAGAUGGUGAGGGACGUGAUGUUGGCGAAUGCGGAUCGGUUGAAAUUGUACGUGUCGUUACACGCUUACGGUCAAUAUUUGGUCUACCCUUGGGGUUAUACGGCACACUACUUGCCGAAACAGUGGAAGAAGCUGGAUGCUCUGGCUAGAAAUGUAUCAGUUGCCGUUCAAAGAGCCGGGGGAGAGCCGUUUAGAGUAAUGAGCGCUGGACAAUGGUAUCCCGCUGCUGGAGGAAGCGAUGAUUUUGCUUUCGGAGCAGUACACGUUCCUUACUCGUACACAAUGGAGUUGACGGAUGGCUUCGAGUUUCUCUUCCCAGAAAAACGUUUACGAAAUGUAUUACCACAAUUCUAUGAAGGGUUUAGAGUAUUCGCUGCACAGAUCAGGAAGGAAUUUCCAACGACACAAAGAACUUCUAGAGACGACGAUAAAAAUUCUUAA